GAUUGGCUGGCCUGGCUUCCUGCGCUGAUUGGAUCCGUGGGCGAGGCGGAGGAGAGCCGUGCGCAGCGGCGUGUGUGGGGCCGUGUGCAGACCCGCGUGUGGCGCAGGCAAGGACCCUGAAAAUAAACAGCCGCUGCUUUGCGAGUCGCCUUCUUGGUUCUUCGUCCGAGUCUCCUCCGCUGUGGGCAGCUCAGACGCCGAAGCUCUAACUGCAGCUAUGAGCAGCAACGAAUGCUUCAAGUGUGGACGAUCUGGCCACUGGGCCAGGGAGUGCCCUACUGGUGGAGGUCGGGGUCGUGGAAUGAGAAGCCGCGGCAGAGGUGGUUUUACCUCGGAUAGAGGGUUCCAGUUUGUUUCCUCGUCUCUCCCUGACAUCUGCUACCGCUGUGGUGAGUCUGGUCAUCUUGCCAAGGAUUGUGAUCUGCAGGAGGAUGAAGCCUGCUAUAACUGCGGUAGAGGUGGCCACAUUGCCAAGGACUGCAAGGAGCCCAAGAGAGAGCGAGAGCAAUGCUGCUACAAUUGUGGCAAGCCAGGCCAUCUGGCUCGUGACUGUGACCACGCGGAUGAGCAGAAGUGCUAUUCUUGUGGUGAAUUUGGACAUAUUCAAAAAGACUGCACCAAGGUGAAGUGCUAUAGGUGUGGUGAAACUGGUCAUGUAGCCAUCAAUUGCAGCAAGACAAGUGAAGUCAACUGUUACCGCUGUGGCGAGUCAGGGCAUCUUGCACGGGAAUGCACAAUUGAGGCUACAGCCUAAUUAUUUUCCUUUGUCGCCCCUCCUUUUUCUGAUUGAUGGUUGUAUUAUUUUCUCUGAAUCCUCUUCACUGGCCAAAGGUUGGCAGAUAGAGGCUGUUCCCAGGCCAGUGAGCUUUACUUGCAGUGUAAAAGGAGGAAAGGGGUGGAAAAAACCGAAUUUCUGCAUUUAACUACAAAAAAAGUUUAUGUUUAGUUUGGUAGAGGUGUUAUGUAUAAUGCUUUGUUAAAGAACCCCCUUUCCGUGCCACUGGUGAAUAGGGAUUAAUGAAUGGGAAGAGUUCAGUCAGACCAGUAAGCCCUUCUGGGUUUGAGUGUGUUCCCAUGUAGGAGGUAAAACCAAUUCUGGAAGCAUCUAAGCUUCCAUAAAUAACUUUAAUUCUUAGCAUAAUGACGGCCUUGGAUUGUCUGACCUCAGUAGCUAUUAAAUAACAUCGAGUAACAUCUGCAUCAGGCCCUCAGAAUAUACAGUUGAGUUGGGAGUAAACUGAAAAGACAAAUGUGUUGAAGGCUAUGCCAGGGAAUCUGGCUCAAAGCCUAACACAGAAGCAGCUUCAUCCCAGUGACGAUGCUGGACGUACAGAUGGUGAUGGCAAAGGUGUAGAACACAUUUUUUCAAAGACUAAAUCUAAAACCCAGAGUAAACAUCCGAUGCUCAGAGUUAGCAUAAUUUGGAGCUAUUCAGGAAUUGCAGAGAAAUGCAUUUUCACAGAAAUCAAGAUGUUAUUUUUGUAUACUAUAUCACUUAGACAACUGUGUUUCAUUUGCUGUAAUCAGUUUUUAAAAGUCAGAUGGAAAAAGCAACUGAAGUCCUAGAAAAUAGAAAAUGUAAUUUUAAACUAUUCCAAUAAAGCUGGAGGAGGAAGGGGAGUUUUGACUAAAGUUCCUUUUGUUUGUUUUAAAUUUUCAUCAAUGUAUAUAGAACAAAAUACCAUAUUAAAGAGGGGAAUGUGGAGGACUGAAAGAUGACAGUUUGGACUUUUCUUUCUAUGCUAAGUAAUGUCUUCAGUAAGGAAAAGCUGGUGAUAGAAGAACGCACUGUUUUAUUAAUUUGUAGAGCUACGAAGAGUUCUAUGGAUCUUCUGUUGGCUGUUGCCACAUAAGCUUGGUGGCUUGAGUUUUUAGUUCCAGAAUCUAUGUAGAGAUGGAAAAAAGGAACUGAAUCCACAGUUGUGCUUAGACACAUGAACAAAAGAACAUUCUUAGCAUAAUGAUGGCCUUGGAUUGUCACUUAUUCUUAGUUCAUGCAGAGUGAUCUGUCUGCACUUGAGAGGCAGAGGCAGGUGGAGUUUUGAGGCUAGCCAGUUUUGAAAAACUGCAUGGGGGUGGUUGUGUGUGCCCUUAAUUUCAAAACUCAGCAAGUGAGGUAUGUGAGGUAAUCUUGCUCUAAAGUUCCAGGCAGAGCCAACAUAGUAAAACCCUUUUCUC